CAUGUGUGUGCGAGAGAGGCAGUCAGAAACAGAGGCGAGCAGAGGGAGCAGAGGUGAUCUCACACUCAUCAGCACGGGAUAACACAACCAUGAUGGGUUGACUCGGGGUUGGGGGGGGCGGCGGCAGGCAGGCGGUUGGAGAGAGGAAGUGUGCGUUCGCCACCACUCGCUCAGCCAUGGAGACCAACAAAGUUCUACAUUUCGUGCCUUCGGAGGCUCCUCCCUCCGGCAUGUCCAAGAACGGCUACUUCUUUCAAGAAAUGGAGCAGCGGGAGGUGGAGCAGGAGGAGGGCAGCGAGGCCCGAGAGGAGGGACAGGACUCGCCGAUCGCCUGCGGAGAUGACAUCCACCUCUACGACAACCAGCUCAGCCCCGGGCCAGACGCCGACGACUCUGGCUGCGUGUUGCUGAACACAUCACGGCGGUAUGUGAAGCUGAUGAACUUUGAGGAGGAGAUCCGGGCUCACCGGGACCUGGACGGCUUCCUGGGGAGGGCCACCAUCCUGCUGGACGAGACCGCCGCCUCCCUGGACGACGUCCUCAAGAGGAUGCUGCACCACGUGGGCCAGGACAGCAACUCCUCCGAGCCCAGCUGCAACUUCGAGGAGGUGAUGAGCUUGCUCUUCACCGACGCGGGAGCCCAGGAGGUCAACGUCCACCUGCUGUCAGAGACCAUCCAGGGGGUCACCGCCACCGCCACUGGGAUCCAGUACCAGCAGUCCUGGCUCUGCAUCCUCUGCAACGUGAAGUAUCUCCAGCAGAGCCACGUGUGCAUCUCCCGCCUGGAGAGGCCACAGAACUGGGGGGAGAACUGCUGCGAGGUCCGCUACGUCAUCCUGAUCCUGGCCCCCCUCAAAAUGAAAAGCACCAAGACGGCCAUGGAGCUGGGCAGGACGUUCGCCACCCUCUUCUCCGACAUCUCCUUCAGGCAGAAGCUGCUGGAGACCAAGACGCAGGUGGAGUUCAAGGAGGCGCUGGUGUUCCAGAUGCACCAGCUGAGGGCGACCAACCAGCCGCCCACGGUUCUGGGGAAGGAGGAGACCGACCCCCGCAGUCACAAGCCCCUCAAGUGCAAAGACUUCCUGAAGGCCGGCCGCGGGAUCUACGAGGACUUUCGCCGCCGGCUGCCGUUCUACCCGUCCGACUUCACGGAUGGUAUCGUCGGCAGUAACAAAACGCUGCUGAAGUACAUGACCACGGCCAUCUUCCUCUACAUCGCCAUCCUCCUCCCCGCCAUCGCGUUCGGCUCCCUCAACGACGAGAGCACGCGCGGCGAGAUAGAUGUCCGGAAGACAAUCAUCGGCCAGAGCAUCGGCGGGGUCAUCUACUCGCUGUUCGCCGGCUCUCCCCUCGUCAUCCCUCUGACCACCGCGCCCCUCGCCAUCUUCAUCAGCGUGAUUCGAGGGAUCUGCGACGACUACAACCUGGACUUCCCGGCCUUCUACGCCUGCAUCGGCCUGUGGAACUGCCUCUUCCUCAUCCUCGCUGGCAUCUUCAACGUCAGCCUGCUCAUGAAGCUCUUCAAGAGGUCGACCGAGGAGGUCAUCGCGCUCUUCAUCUCCAUCGCGUUCGUGGUGGACGCAGUGAAAGGAACUUUCAAAAUCUUCUACAGGUACUACCAAGCGCCGACGCUGGCCAACGCCAGCGCGGGCGCCUUCCCCGCCCCCGCCGCCACCGCCUCCGUCGCCGCCGCUGCCGCCGCAGACCUGCUCAGGGGAAACGGGAGCGAGGCGGCGGCCGCGUUCGCCGCCAGCGCCCUCCCCGGCUCCGUCAUCCAGUGCACGCGAGAGAGGCCCGUCCUCUGCCUGCUGCUGAUGCUCGGCACCCUGUGGAUGGGCUACACCCUCUACCAGUUCAAGAGGAGUCCGUUCCUGCAUGCCAAAGUGAGGGAGGUGCUGUCGGACUGCGCCCUGCCCAUCUCGGUGCUCCUCUUCUCCUUCAUCGGCUCCUACGUCUUCAGCGACAUCGAGCUUCCGGUCUUUAAAGUCCACGACCGGCCCGUCUUCAAGGUGGCUCCGUUCGGGCGGCUGUCGGCCAUGAACGUCGUCAGCGCCAUGGGCCUCGGCUUCCUCCUGGCGCUCCUCAUCUUCAUCGACCAGAACAUUGUGGUCUCGCUGACCAACGCGCCGGAGAACAGGCUGCUGAAGGGCACGGCGUACCACUGGGACCUCAUGCUCUCGGGGCUCAUCAACAUACUGAUGUCGGUGAUGGGGUUGCCCUGGAUGCACGCCGCCUUCCCGCACUCCACCCUCCACGUGCGCCAGCUGGCCUUCGUGGAGCAGCGCGUGGAGGGGGGGCACCUCUACGAGACCAUCGUCCAGGUGAAGGAGACCCGGCUGACGUCUCUGACCGCCAACAUCUUCAUCGGCGUGUCGGUGCUGCUGCUUCCUCUGCCGCUGCAGUGGAUCCCCAAACCCGUCCUGUACGGCCUCUUCCUCUACAUCGCCCUCACCUCCAUCGACGGGAACCAGAUGUGCGACCGCAUGGCCCUCCUCCUCAAGGAGCAGACGUCUUACCCGCCCACCCACUACAUCCGCAAAGUGCCCCAGAGGAAGAUCCACUUCUUCACCUUCCUGCAGAUGACGCAGCUGCUGAUCCUCUGCACGUUCGGCAUGUACCCGAUACCGUACAUGAAGAUGAUCUUCCCUCUGCUCAUGGUCAUGCUCAUUCCCAUCAGGAACAACGUGCUCCCUCACAUCAUUGAGGCCAAAUACUUGGACAUAAUGGACGCCCAACACAUGUAGCUACAGAUGGAGACGCGCUCUGGAUCUGCAAAAAGACGUCUGGAAUUUAAAUGAAGAGAGGAGGGGCGGAAAAAAAGAGAAAUAUUUUUCAAUGCAAAACCGUACGGAAGCAAAAAAGGGGGAUCAACUGACUGUGUUGCUUUUUGUAUCUGAUGAGAACUUUCUUGCAGGUGAAGAGAUGGAAACGUGAGAGCUGUGCGUAAACGUGGACAGGCUGCACCUUCUCCCGAAAAACUACCCAGGAGCCUCCAGAACUCCUGGUUUCACCUCCAUGACCCCCCCCCCACACACACACACCUUUACGUUUUAUUGUAGCAUCUUACCGUGUCCCUGCUGUGUUGAGCUAAAGAUAAGUGCUUCAGGUGUGUCUCUUCUCUUUGACACUUUGCACUCACGUCGCGUUUUACUUCAUUUCCCUGUGCUGAGUACCACGGGAAUUACCUGCUAGGAAUCCCGCGUUCAAGCCGCCGCGACGUCACCUGUACCUUUUUUUGUAACUGUGUCAUCGUGCGGUGUCGAAACCUUUACAUUCCUUCGCCUUUUAGCUGUGACUCCCCUUUUCUGUGAAGGACACGUGCAUAUUUAGUCCCAAAGUCAUUCCAAGGGUCAGCGUCCGUGAAGAAGAGGAGUGUGUGUGUGUGUGUGUGCGUCACAGGCUCAUCACUAACCUGUCUUUCAUCCAGCUUCCUGCCGGCUCUUUUUAAGGUGAAAUUUAAGCUCUCAGCCGAAAUAAUGUAAAAGACAUUCCACAGGUGCGUAUGUACUUAUUUAGAACGACAGCACAAACCAAAACAUAUAGUGAAAUCUGUAUCAAAUUAUGAAUAUAUUAGAGUAUAUUAUGGAACUAUACAAAAUAUUCUAGGUUAAAUAUAAUAUUUAUUUAUGAUGACGCCAGUUUUAUCUCUUUGUGCUAAAUGAGCUGUGAUCCUCCUUCACGUUCCACGGUUACUGAUUCCUGUAUUCUGAGCGUCUCGUCUCACAUCAACCUUCCUUCCAGCUUCAUGUCAACGUCCAACACCUUCUGGUGCAUUGCUCGUAAAGACGAAAGUCAGGUAAACGUAACGAAAAAACAAAAAUACAUUAAAAAUAUAUAUAUCUGUGAGCUUUGGAUUCAACAAAAUUCCUUUAUUUUUUUGUGAACAUGUGUUCAGCGAUGAGUUUUAGAAUAAUCUGGUCUUGUUUUCUAUUUAGAUGUUAUGAUUAGAUAAAUGCUUGCAAACGUCGUCAUGUAAUAAUCCACAAAUCCGGAGGGAUUAUCUUGUUAUCUAACACAAAAAGACAAAAAAAGUAACGUUUCCAAGCGAGCGCUGGUUUUGCUUGCAGCAUGACUCGUCUGGGUUUUUGAUACAAUGUGACGCCGUUGGACGCGUUUGCUACACAAACCGCACACAGAAAAAGUAGCCGCUCACACAGUAACUCCACAAACCGAAUGCAACGCUCGAUAUUCAGCAAUACUGUGUAUAAAAACUCCACUGGAGAGAUCCGGGUGUCCCCAGCGACGGCCAAGACGGGCCUGCUGCAAUUUGUAAGACACAAUCUUGUCCGUCCAUCCUCGCGGUACGAAACAAACACACACGGAAAGAAAAAAUACGCUCUGUGCUGAUUCAAUUACUGCACAAUGAAAAAUUAAAAGACGUGUUCUCGCCAGCGCGGCGUCCGACCCGCUUCACCCAAACGGCGGCUUCCCUCGUGCGGCUCUGUUCGUCUUAACAGAUGUGAGGAAGAUGUCCAAUUUUGAGCAGAUGUCUCCCGCCGAGAUAGCGAGGCAUGAAAGGAGAGCUCGGCGGCGUUUGCAUAAUCCCUGGAUUGAGGCUUGCCGGUGGAGGGAGGAGCGAGAUGGUGAAGGUGUGAGGUGAUAUGUAGUUUUCCACGCGCAGUUUAGUUCUGAUCGGGUAUCCGUUGUGAUCCACGGCGAGGUGGUUCCUCGAGAUCUUCUCUGUGCUGAUGGUCGUCGGAGUAGCUGCAAACUUCUCUCAGAGGAUUUAACAUUGGAUUCAGAGUGAAAGACAUGAGACUCCGUUUGUGGAACCUUGCCCCCCCCCUCGUAUUUGGAUUUGUUUGAAAAUUGCGUACUGUGGUGUUUCUUUAUUCUUUCCUUGUCCUGAUUUCAUAUAGCCUACUUUUUCUAAUCAUGAAUGUAAGGUGUGGAUUUUUAUAUAGCAUAAUAAUUUAGGUGUCAAACAGAAUCUGUAAUUUUUGUCAAAAAGAUCAGCUAUAUUUGUAAGCUGUAAUAUGUAAAAAUGAGAAAAAAAUGGUUAUAAAACAGAAUGUGUUGAUUUAUUAUAGUAUAUAUAUAUACUGUACACUGAAAAAGAGAGACUAUCUCAAGCUGUUUGCCAAAUAAAAAGUAGUAGUGAUGUAAA